AUGGCCACCCCUCAAGCAUCCCCCUCUUUCGAUUGGAAAUCCCUCGGCUUCGGCAUCACUCCCGUUAACGGCCAUGCCGCCAUUACCUGGAAGGACGGUCAAUGGUCCGCACCAGCGUUCAUUACUGAUCCCUACAUGAAGCUCCACGUCGGUGGUACUGCUCUCAACUAUGGACAAUCCUGUUUCGAGGGUCUCAAGGCUUUCAGGAUGAGAGACGGCAACAUCCGCGUCUUCCGUCCUCAGGAAAACGCUGCAAGAAUGCAGAUCAGCGCCGACACUAUCAUGGCUCCUCGGGUCCCAGAGGACUUGUUCUUGGAGUGUGUCAGAUUGUGUGUUGCUGAGAACGCUGAGUUCGUUCCUCCGUACGGUAUGGGUGCCUCCAUGUACCUCCGCCCGUUAUUGUUCGGAUCCGGUGAGGAAUUGGCUCUUCACCCACCCAUGGAGUUCACUUUCCUUAUUUGGGCUACUCCUGUCGCUGCACUUUACACUAGCUUGAGGCCCGUCGACGCGCUCGUUAUCGAGGACUUUGACCGUGCUGCUCCUAGAGGAUCCGGCUCGUCUAAACUUGCAGGAAACUACGCCCCUGUGUUCCGCCAUGCCGCGGCUGCUAAGAAGGAAGGAUAUGAAAUUACCCUUCACCUGGACUCUCAGACCCGGACUAGAAUUGACGAGUUCUCCACCUCCAACUUCGUCGCAAUCCAGUACAGUGGAGACAAAACUACGUUCGUUGUCCCAGACUCCCCAUCCAUUCUCAAGUCCGUCACCACCAAGUCACUCGUUGACCUUGCGUCUUCCUUCGGAUGGGAAGUCGUCCGCAGACCAGUUUUGUGGACUGAGGUGGUCUCUGGUGCAUUUGACGAAGUCGCUGCUUGCGGUACCGCUGCCGUCUGUACCCAAGUUGGGUCAAUCACCAGGAAGUCUACGAACGAGAAGGUGCAGAUCGGAAACGGAGAGGCAGGAAAGGGAUUCACGAAAUUGGUGAUGGCUUACAGAGCAUUGCAGAAUGGCGACGUGGAGCCUGCUGAGAUUCCCGCGCAAUGCACGGAGUGGUUGUGGCCCGCAAGCGGUGUCAUGGGUGCCAAUUAG